AUGAAGUCGUUGCAUUUUGUAAUUGCGAUCGUGUAUGCCGUGCAUUUAUUAGCACUUGACGUAAAUGUUCGUGGAGAAGAUGCAAAUGUUAAUAGCGAGGGCGAAAAUAAGAUAGAAGAAUUGGAUGUCACGCAAUCGUAUUGCUUCCAGUUUUCGUGGAUGGGCCCAGAUUAUGAUAACACAACAAAAUUCAACAAGACAUGCGGAGAGCUUCUUGAGGAGGGCAGAGAUAAGCAUAUUCCUUGCAGACAACCUUUGGUAAUAUCAUAUGAUAGCUCAAAACCGGACCUUGAUCACAUGUGGGAUAAUUACAAGAUGAGAGUGGCGUGCAAGAUGAGCAAGGGAGAUGUGUGCGCUCGCUACAGCUAUUCCUUCAACGACGAAAUUGUAAAUGCGACGUACAUGUGCACUAAAGUUUUCGCCGUGAAUGAAGGGGCUGUAACGAGUGGUUGCUAUAAGCAGAAGGUCGGUUCUUACGAAAACGAGAUGUGCGUCUGCAAAUCAUCACCUGGCGACUACUUACCUUGCAAUGCGUUCCGCGAAUGAUCCAGCUCUCACCCAUCUCAAUUAUUUUUACACCCAUCCAUUUAUAUAGAUAUAAAUUCAGAAUAAAAUUAUAUCAGGAACAUUCCGAGUGCAGAGAAUAACGAUUACGUAUGCGCAUACAUUUCUAAAAUGUUCGUAUAUGUACGGACCCUCGACUUUCUGAUAAGAGGCUUUGCGUUCAUAACGCAAUGCACGCUUAUUGUGAGUCCAAAUCCUAGCUGGUAUCAUUAAUAUUAUUGAAUUACAUCCGAGGGAUGUAAUUCCCUUUGGAAAUCAUGCGUUCACGAUGAUACCCUCUGACAGACGCUGAUUUCUCGCUCUCUCUCUCUCUUUCUCUCUUCCGCUUAACUAUAUUUCUCUCACUCUCCCGCAAGGGUCGCAAUAAGAUCACAUAUAUGCGACUCGACGGAACCAACAUAAAAUGACCAAACUAUACAACAAUUCCACUUCAGCACAAAAGGUCUCCGCAUUUCGUACAUAAUACACAAGUCAACAAGCACGCCCAUGAAUAAUAUCUCCUUGCAUGCUCAUUUUAUCAUUUCACAUUGUAUCACAUCUAAUUUAUAAUCGGAUAUAGUCAAUAAAUUAUAAUAUUUAUGUAAAUGUU